CUUCGAAUCUUCACUUUUCCCUGUAGCUAACAAAUUUUCCUGACAUUGGCCACCCAGAAGCCGGUAGUCUAUGAAGUCGGGCAGUGUCAGAGGACCACGUGAUCAGCAUGAAACGCAAGAAUACCACUUCCGCUUGUGGAGCAUGCCGGAAGCGGAGGGCAAAGUGUGAUGGCAAAAUGCCAUGUUGCUCGCGGUGCAGUGAGCGUGCUCUGCAAUGCAUCUAUUCGGAAGACGGGCGACGUCCUGCUUCUCGAUCAUACGUUGACCUUCUGCGUGCGCGUGUGAAUUUACUGGAGAAUGCAAUCAAGACACAAUCUAUGGAUGUGCAAAGUUCCAUUGCAGAGAAACUAGAAUCGGAAAUUACUUCAAACACAUCAUCAACAAUGAUUCAGCAGCCACUUUCCGGAACAGGACUCCCCGGUAGCUUAUCACGGGAUGCUUCAAUGAACUUCGACAGGGAUGGCGAAGCGAGGUAUUUUGGUCUGGCAAGCGGUAGGCUCGAAAUGGCUGAAAAGAACGCUGCCGAAAGGCGUGAAUCAAUUUCGGACAUAACAGAGCCAGAUCCAAGACACUCUGGCAACCCAAUCUAUAGCAAUGUCAUCAAUGAGCACGCUAUCUCUGGAGAUCUAGAAGAUGAACUCAUUGAUGCAUACUUUAGGUGGGAGCAACCUUGGGCUCAAGCCGUGGACGAGCAGCUCUUCCGUGAGGGUCGUUCCUCAAACGGUAGAUACUUCAGUCCUCUUCUAUUGAACUGCAUACUUGCUUGUGGUAGCCGAGUUUGUCUUCGAGAGGACACUCGAUCUGACCCUACCGACGCCAACUCUGCAGGUCAUAUUUUCUUAGAGAAGGCGCGAAUUCUACUGCACUCUGAUUUACAACGACCAACUAUCACGACACUCCAAUCUCUGUGUAUCCUGGGAGUGGUAUAUGUUGCUGUUGGUAAAGAUGCUGUGGGUUGGUUACAUUCCGGGAUGGCUCACCAGCUGGCUCUGGACAUGGGGCUGAAUUUCGAUACUGGUAGCCCCUCCAAAGCAACCUGGCUCAGUGAAGAUGAAAUAGAGCUACGGAGGCGUAUCUACUGGACGUGUUAUAUCAUUGAUAAAUCAUCAUCAAUGUAUACAGGAAGAGUGUGUACGAUGCUGAGUUCUCAAGCUGAUGUUGGAUUACCCACAGUCGAACUCAAACAAGAUUCUCACAUAAAUCUUACACCUGUUCAACAACGGCGGCUCCUAUUGGGAAAGAUUCAAAGAGCACAAAUUGGUCUAGCACAGAUCAACGAAAAAACCUUAACUACUUUAUACUCCCCAAAGCCGACAGUGCGCUCUCAACAAAGAGCUUCUUUUGUUGCCAGACCAAUUUUAGAUCUGAAAAAUUGGUAUUAUGAUCUUCCCAAGGAACUGAAUCUUGAGUACAGCGGCGUACCACAAAGCGAGCCAGCAGUAUACACUCUGCACAUGUUAUAUCAUACCUCAACCCUCCUUUUAAUGAAGCCCAUGUUGCCAGAGGGCCGAGAUCAAAACGCCUAUGAGCGAAGCGUUCAAGCUGCUACAGAUAUAUGUAAUGUCGCAGCGAGAUAUCGCAAAAACUUCGGGAGCUUCCGUCUCAGUCCCAUUACUGCAAUGCAUUGCACGAUGUCUGCUAUCUUAGUGUUCCUCAAUACCAGAAGCCACAAAUUGGAGAGUGCGAAGCCCAUGAAAAACACCGGAAACAUAAAACUCUGCCUCAGGGUGUUGGAUGAACUGUCAACUUCUUGGAAUCCUGCCAAGAGAAUUUAUAAUAAUCUUCAGAAAUGUUCCAGACCACAGUCAAGUGUAAACCAGGCACAAAAAACUGCUGCAGAUGGUUCAGCAUCUACCAUUGUAGAGCAACCCGAAAGUCUGCCAAUAUCUGGAGGGGGUGAUAACAAUACUUCACUCCCGAGUGGCGGGUCUGGGUCGAUCGCGAGAGCCCAGAAACAUGAAGAAGUCCCGCUCGUUCCAAUGCCAGUAGAUUGGCAGGCGCAGUGUGGAGACUUCAGCACCAUAUUGCCAUUUAGCUCUUUUGGGGACUGGCCUUUGGACUUCUCUGCUGAGAACUUCAACGCUGCUGACUAUGGGUUUGCCGGCGAUCUAUAUAACUUCUUCCCAACAGAGACGGAUUUCGGAUACUGAAGUAGACGAUGAAUGAAGACGCAUUUCAAGUUAAACUUGAUUGAAGUUUCAACAACGUUAAAGGGCCCGAGAAACUUUCUUUUCGAUCUAC